UAUUUAUUUUUUUGCUUACUUAAAACUAUUUCUGUUGGCUACACAUAAUUAGUGAUCAGCUUGUGUUUUCUUUUGUUUUUAUUCCCCUUUUUUCCUACUAAUAAAUGAUUAAUGCUUAUUUUGCUGGAGGCUUUAUGUUUGCCUUCCCAAACAUGCUGAGAUCAACGUUCCCACCUAUAUUCACGGUCUUUCCGUCUAAGGCCAAACCUCGCAACUAUUUAGGCACAAUUAUCACUGCAAUAUCAAAAACCCCACAAACUGUUCGACAAAAUGCCGCAAUAGAAAAUAUAUUCCUGCAACAGCCAACGUCAGCUUACGUUCACCUCCCAUUCUGCCGAAAACGCUGCCACUACUGUGACUUCCCUAUCGUCGCUCUCGGCUCAGCUUCACCUCAAGCUGAUGACGACCCGCGAAUUCUUAACUACAUUGAUUUUCUCUGCAGAGAAAUUAAAGCCACCCCAACACCUUCCAACCACAAGUCACCUCUUGAAACUGUCUUUUUUGGUGGAGGGACACCUUCACUUGUGCCACCAAGAUUAGUAUCUUUAGUCCUGGACAAAUUGGACUCUAAAUUUGGUGUAUGUUCUGAUGCUGAAAUUUCAAUAGAAAUGGACCCUGGUACAUUUGAUGCUGCAAAGUUGAACGAUUUGAUGAAGUUGGGUGUUAAUAGAGUUUCUCUAGGAGUUCAGGCAUUCCAGGAGGAAUUGCUUAAGAGUUGUGGGAGAGCUCAUGGCGUACAGGAAAUUCAUGAGGCUAUUGACAUUGUUGGAUCAUGUGGUGUUGAGAAUUGGAGUGUGGACCUUAUAUCUUCACUUCCUCAUCAGAAGCCACAUAUGUGGGAACAAAGCUUGAGCCUCACUAUUCAAGCAAAGCCUACACAUGUCUCAGUUUACGAUUUACAAGUUGAACAAGAUACAAAGUUUGGAUCUUUGUAUACAGCUGGAGAGUUCCCUCUGCCUUCUGAUAAUCAAUCUGCUGAGUUUUACAAAAUGGCCUCUGAAAUGCUAAGAAAUGCUGGUUAUGAGCACUAUGAGAUAAGUAGCUACUGCAAAAGUGGUUAUCAAUGCAAGCACAAUUAUACAUACUGGAUAAACAAAUCUUUUUAUGCUUUUGGACUGGGGUCAGCCAGUUAUCUUAAUGGGGUAAGGUUUUCAAGGCCAAGGAAGCUGAAAGAUUACAUGGGUUAUGUGCAAAAUUUGGAGAACGGACUAGUGAAUUGUUGCCAGGACAGUAAAGUAGACACUCAAGACAUAGCGACGGAUGUUGUUAUGCUGUCUCUGAGAACUGCUAGAGGGUUGGAUUUGAAAUCAUUUGGUAAAGCUUUUGGAAGCUCAACUGUUCUCUCCCUUUGCAAGGUCUAUAAGCCUCAUAUUGAGAGUGGGCAUGUUGUCUGUUUGGAUGAGCAGAGGAGGAAAAUCGAGGCAGAAGAAUUCAGAUCUUUGUUAUCUGAAGGGGACAAGGUUAAUGAGGUAUUGGCAUAUAUCAGGCUUAGUGACCCUGAUGGUUUCCUAUUAUCCAAUGAGUUAAUAUCCCUCGCGUUCAACGUGUUAACUCCAUAAAUUUCAGCAUUGAUGAUUCAGAGAAGAUUGCUCUGAGCUGCCUUUUUAGCAGUGCUGGCUGUUAAAGGCAGGACUGUCAAUACUUGGAUGCCAUCAGAUGGUUGGUGUCUAAGAUCUGUCAAGAAAUGUGAACUGGUGGAACCCUUAAUAGAGCAAAGGCGGGCGCGUAUGACAUAUACUGCAGGACGAAACAUAUAAUUAUUGGUAGAGAGCAGAAGGUUUUGUUAGCAAGCAUAUUUAGAGCCCGUUUGGAUUAGCUGAUUUGAAGUAGCUGAUAAGCAUUAGGUGCUGAAAUUGAUUUAAUAAAUAAGCAGUUACGUGUUUGGGUACAAGUGUUGAAAUUGAUAAUAAACUGCUGCAGUAUUUAAUAAAAAAAAUGCUUAUAAGCUCUUUUUCUGUUAAAA